CUGGGUUGGGUUGACACUUUCUAAUCCAUUCACAAACGCAACACACAUUGGAAAAAAAAAAAAGUUGAGGCGCGUUUGGACUCGGUCUCCUCCCUCAACACAAAUAAAUAAACACGCUCUUGACAAAAUCACACAACCAAACAAUACCUAACACCAUGCUCAAAUCAUGGAGAAGGCGCUGCCGCCGCAACUCCGUCGCCAUGCCGCCGGAGCUCACCAUCCCCAACCAUUUCCUCUGCCCGAUCUCUCUCCACCUCAUGAAAGAUCCGGUCACAUUGUCCACCGGCACCACCUACGACCGCCACAGCAUCGAGACCUGGAUCGAAUCCGGCAACAAAACCUGCCCCGUCACGAAUCAACUCCUCAGAGACCUUGAACCAAUCCCCAACCACGCCAUCCGGAAAAUCAUCCAGGAAUGGUGCGUCGAAAAUCGCUCCCGCGGCGUCGAUCGGAUCCCCACCCCGCGCAUCCCGAUCACCUCCGCCGAGGCCUCCGAGAUGCUAUCGAGAGUCUCCGACGAAAAGAGAUGCAUCGAAUUCGUCGCUAAAAUCAAACAAUCGGCCAAGGAAAGCGACAGAAACAAACGAUGCUUCGUCGCUAAUGGAUCCAGUAAAAUCCUCUCCGCCGCAUUUGCAGCGAAUUCGAAUUCAGAUGAAUCCGCCGAUGUUUUAACGGAGGUCUUAUCGGCGAUGAUUACAUUAACGCCGGUUCUGGAUGAGGAAACGAGCCGCAACCUCUCCUCUGAGAAUUCGGUUCAGAAAUUGGUGUGGUUUAUGAGAUUUGGCAGUUUGUCUAUGCGGAGAAAUGCAGUGUUGGCGCUGAGAUCGAUUCUGUCGUUUCAAAUUGCAGUCGAGAUGGAAGGCGUGGUAGAGGCGUUGAUCGGGCUGAUCAAAGAGCCGAUUUGCCCGACGACGACGAAAGCGUCUCUACUUUCAAUUUACUAUCUGCUCAAAUCACAUGAACAUUGUAGCGCGAUCGCGGUGGCUCUGAUGGAGAUGGGGAUGGUGGAGAAGCUUCUCGAAAUGGCGGUGGAGUCGGAUAAAAGCGUUACCGAGAAGGCGCUGGGCGUUUUGGAGGGGAUGUGCGGGCACGGGGAGGUGAGGGAGAGGGCGAGGGAGAAUGCGCUGAUGAUACCGCUGUUGGUGAAGAAGGUGCUGAGAGUUUCGGAGAUGGCAACGGAGUUUUCGGUUUCGAUUCUGUUGAAGAUUGUGAGGGAGGAGGAGGAGAGUGCGGUGGAGGCGCUUCGAGCGGGGGCGUUUCAGAAGCUGUUGCUGGUGUUGCAGAUUGGGAGCGAUGAGGGGACCAAGGAGAAGGUCACGGAGUUGUUGAAGGUGUUGAAUGGGUAUAGGAGUAGGAUUGAGUGUGUUGAGUCUUCGGAUUUCAAGCAUAUUACAAGGCCGUUUUAAAUUACGUACUAAUUUUUUCAUUCUAUUUAUAUUUAUAUCUUUAUCAUAUCUGAUCAAAGAUUAAACAUACACACAUUAAUUACAGAUUUCAUCAUAUUCGCUCA